AUGUCAUUAGAAAAUGACUGGAGUGAAUGGCUGUCGUUCUUCUUCGGUCAGUGUGGAGAUUACCGGACUCCUUAUGAUUAUAAGAUGUUCCAAGAAGAAGCUAUCAAGAUUGAGGAAGAGUUGUUCGACGAGUAUGCCUAUAACGCAGAUCAAGUCAUGGAGUUGGCAGGCCUAAGCGUUGCCACAGCUGUUGCCAAGACUUACCCUCUAUUUGACAUGACUCGACGAAAAAAUGUUUUAGUUUGUUGCGGACCUGGAACUAAUGGAGGAGAUGGCCUAGUGUGUGCUCGUCACUUAAAGUUAUUUGGAUAUGAACCGUCCGUAUUCUAUCCUAAACAAUCUAAUAAACCUCUGUUUAAGAGCUUGACUAAACAGUGUCAAGAAAUGGAAAUCCCCUUUCUAUCAUUCCUCCCUGAUGCUCAGCUCAUAACAGAUUCAUACAAUCUUGUCGUGGAUGCAUUGUUCGGCUUCAAUUUCAAACCCCCUGUGCGGCCUGAAUUUGUUGAAGUACUUGAAAAAUUAAAGAAAAUUCAUGUGCCUCUGUGUAGCGUUGACGUCCCAUCAGGUUGGGACAUCGAAAAUGGAGAUCCCGAGGGUUUACAACCAGAGUUUUUGAUCUCUUUGACUGCUCCCAAGAAGUGUGCCAAACUCUUCAAGGGAAAAUACCACUGGUUAGGUGCUUAACGCCCCCCACCAGUGGCACCGCAGCAAGUCUUCGGACUUAUAACGCUAGAAACCGGAUUUCGAUACCCUGGUGAGCAUAACAAAACCCAUUGUGUAGCAAACAAUUCUAGAAGAGCUACAAACGUGAUGAAAUAUAUGGUCAUGAAUUUUAGAAAUGUUUGACUCCUCUAAUGUAUGGUCAAGAAUUCUGGAUAUGUUUGUCUCCUCACAAGCGCCUACAUAAUCUCAAAAUAUAUCUCCGUAGCUUUUUUUAAAUUCUAACAAUCAUUGUGUUCGAUAGAUCUAAAUUAGUUUAAAUCAGUUUUUUUUUGAAGAAUUCAAAUUAAGGUUUAAAGCAAACGUUGCCUCGUAUGAAUUAAAAGUGCUGAUUUCAUUCAAAUUACAGUAGCAUUAUAAAUAAAGUCAUGACCAAAUUUA